AUGGCGAAGACAUUAGGGUUUGAUCAUCAUCAAAUUGUGGCAUAUCACCCUGCGUCAAAUGGACUCUGUGAGAGGACCAAUCAACAGGUAUUAAGCAUUUUACGUGGUCUAGUGGAUGGCAAGGAACACUACUGGGACCUGUAUCUAGCUGAAGCACAGUUAGCUUUAAAUACAGCCUCUCAUAGUGCUAUCGGAGAUACACCAUACUAUGUGAUGUUUGGCAGAGAUGCUAAAACACUAGCGGAAUGGUGGACAAGACCCACCACAAGUUAUAGACUACCCAGUGAAGACUUUGUGGCCACACAUACCCAAAGAUCUCAGAAAGUCUAUGAAUAUGUAAGGGAUAAUCUGCUAAGGGCAGCAGAUAGACAGGGGUUUAGAGAAGUCCAUUUGGAAAACAUGAAGGUGGCUUUGGAAGCGACCAUACCGAGAGCACUAGCCCCAGGGGCUAGGAAACCAUAUCCAGAGAUGAGACCGGGAGAAGAGUCAGUCAUCCCUGAAGGCACUCGGGAAGAAGAAGAAGACCGGGAAAUGGAGUACCUUGUGAAUUAUCCCAGACCAGUUGGCGUGGGAGCGGAACCAGCACAUGCAAUGGAAACUCAAACUUCAAGAUUGGAUUACACAAACACUACAGACUCCCACAAUGCUUCUGCAAAUAACGCUAAAGACGAAAGCAGAAUGAAUGAAGGAGUGAAUGAAACUCAUGGGAGGAAUGUUAGUACUGAGCAUGCGGGUAGGGAACCUAUGCAUGAGAGACGUACUAGUGGACGUACACAGUAUGGGCCAGGGUAUUAUGCACGGUUGCAUGAAGGACCAUAUUCGGACUAA